AUGUCUCUCCCAGACAAACCCCUCACCUGGCAACGACCAGGCUUCCUAAUCUCAACCGACAAAACCCUCCUCUCACUACAAUCCAUAAACCACGCAUUCAGCCUAGACAUAAUCUACUGGACAAACCCAGUCCCAGAGCCCAUUCUAGCCACAAUCGUCGACAAUUCAUUCUGUCUCGGCCUUUACGAAAUCAGCAAUACUACAAGUUCCACCACACAGAAGCCAGAAGACCUGAAACAAAUCGGAUUCGCCCGUCUAGUCGGCGACAAGGUCACAUUCGCAUAUUUCACCGAUCUUUACGUAUUGCCGGGCUAUCAGGGGCUCGGGCUGGGGGGGUUGGGUGAUUGA